UAUCUUUAUAGAUAUCUUCUAUAUAAAGGUUUUAAGAAACGAUGAAUGGGCAGGCGUGAGCACUCACAGACUUUAUACAUCUGAUCAUUCAUCAUGGAUAAAAUGCCUGCAGAGAACAAAGAGGAGGAUGAGUUGAGCAUUCCUCGAGCCGCCCUGAACAAAAUGAUUAAGGAGCUGAUCCCAAACAUCCGCGUGGCAAACGACGCCCGGGAACUCAUCCUCAACUGCUGCACUGAAUUCAUUCACUUGGUUUCGUCUGAAGCAAAUGAAAUCUGCAACAAGCAAAGCAAGAAGACAAUAUCACCAGAACAUAUUAUUGCAGCACUUGAUCACCUUGGCUUUGGGAACUAUAAAGAGGACGCUGAAGCAGUGUUAGAAGAGACAAAAGCUGUAGCUGCUAAAAAAAGAAGAGGGAGUUCCCGUCUGGAAAAUCUGGGAAUCCCUGAGGAAGAACUGCUCCGACAACAGCAGGAAUUGUUUGCCAAGGUGGGUUUCUUAUGA